AGCGAUCAGGGAGGUGAGGAGCGAACGAGUGCUGGGAUGUCGUUCUCCUUCUUCUCUCGCCCUCAUCCGCUCGUCCCUCCCGUCUCCACCUUUCGCAUUCAGCAGGGAUACGACGAGCAUGGCAACUACGAAAGCCCCAGCAUGGCAUGGGGUUCCACCAACGAACAGACUAAGUUCUGGAGGCCGGAAGGAGAUGCGUUGAGCUCUCCCAACGUUCUGCAGAGGAGAAACCUUGAUCUCUCUGCCCUGCCGAUCUCGCAAGCUGCAGCAGAGGGGAGUUAUGGCCUCUUGCAGGCUGAAGACUCGCGAAACCAGCAGGCGCUUUGCUUGUCUUGGGUUUCUCAGGACGCAGAGAAACUGUCGAUGGCGAACAAGGUGGAGAAGUAUGGGGAGAGAGGGCCUGAAGUCAUGGUCAGAGAGGUCAUGGGCUGGAAGGCAGAGAGGAACAAAGAUGACAGAGCAGUGAACAACUUCAGUGGAGAUACCUACGACGGCUCUUUCUCGCAGGCAGAAGGUGACCUGGAGAUCAUCGCUCAGGCUGGGAGCAUGAAGCAAAUCCUCUCACUUCCCUACUCGGAUGAUCAGGUCUCCCUCGCCGUCCACAGGGUCGGGGAGACCCUCUUCAUCGACUCGGUGGGAAGGAUGAGCAAGCACAGCGCGGAAGAGGGAACUCCAGGUCCUCCAGAUGCUUCCGACCAGAACUCGUGGAAGAAACCCAAGAAAUCUUGUUCCAAGAGAGCAAAGCAGAACCGAAACUUGCAGCGAGCGUUGUACAACAGGGUCUUAUCUGCCAGCGAGACAGAGAGGCUCGACAGCGUGAAGAUGACAGAGAAACUGGUUUGGGAAGACGAGGAGCCGGAGUGCCCUGGGAGCACGUCUGCCCGCAAGAGACAGGUCCCUUCCCGGAGAAGCGAGAGUUUGGAGCAGCAGCAGGAGGAGAACAUCAACCAGGAGUGGCAGGGCCCCCUUGCGAUAUCUGUGUAUGAAAGAGGAGACGGGAAGGAAACCAACAGCUUCCGAGAUGCCAAGGAGGAGGAAGGGGAAGAGAAGGGGGAACAGCAUUCACGAACACCAGCGCAUGAUGUGAAUGCGAGCAAGGUUCACCUCAAGGUGGAAGAAUCUGACAGCAGCGAGGAGGAGGAGGAGCAGGAAGAGAGCAUUCUCCGCAUGUGUCGUCUGAGGUUCGGAGGGAUGCAGAUGCUGCUGGGGUCCGACGUGAUGGUGUUCGGGUCGAGCGGACAUCCAUGUGUGUCGCUGUAUGUAAGGGACCCUGAGGUUAUGAGCCUGCACUCGUACCUUGACCUCUGGUUGGACAACGUGAUCGCUUCCGUCCCUGAGGUGAUGAUCUGUUGGCACAAAGACUGUGUCAUGCAAGGGUACAUGCUCAAAAGGACUCAAGAUAUUCCGGAGAUGACGCACUUUGCCUUCAGCCCUGAGAGAGUCGAGAAAAAUGGAGCGCAAGUCCUCAAAUGGCUCCGUCAAGAGUGCAGCAGAGAGGCAUCCACCUACUGGCUCUACCGCGAGCAAGGAGACGACAAGCUCCAGUUGUACAAUCUCGAGGCGAUGAAUCGAGCGAUGGGUGCCAGCAAGGAUGAAAGUUUCAGUCAUAUCAAGUCUGUUCCUCCUCGCUUUGCAUUCCCUGUCGCCAUGUUGUGCUUCCGUGCGGCAGCUCGGAAGCCUGAAGCAGGUGGGGAAGGGAAGAGACAUGCAGUGCGAGUUAAAGCAGUGGAGCAGGAGCAUCGCACGAGGAGGAGAGAGCUUCUGCUGCACUGUUCCUCACUGUUGGACGAGAGGGAGCACGGGUUUCUCAUUGCGACCGUGGAAGAAGGGAUUGCAGAAACUUAUGUUGCCAUCGACAUCGAAGACGACAUGAAGGAUGACAAGGAGAUCAGCAGCAAAGCCCUUGAGUGCUUUGUCUUCCUCUGCAACGUUCACGUCUCCAAAGGGCAGUUUGACAGCGCAUUUCUGAUGCUCCGACGCGCUUUCCAAUGUGCCAUCACCUCGUCGAAGGACUCGCACGUCCUCCUCGGCGACCUCUUCGCGUCCCCCAACAGCGGCAGCCCGGGAGACACGAGCAGCAAUGACGGGGAGGAGGAGAAGGAAAGUGACCAGGCUCCAGAACAAGAUGUGGAGGAAAUUUCCAACAAUUUGGAAUCAGGAGGGCAGCUGAUUGGUCUCGACGUGCACGGUGAACAUCUACCCUACAUUCCUCUACAGGACGUCGUUGCCAUGCCCAAGAGCACGCGGCUGCAACAUGUCAGAGCUUCGCUCAUGUUGGCGGAGGAGCUGACGGACCUUCAGGCGCUGAGGCACUACGAGAAGGCCACGAGCUACUUCGCCUUUCACGGCUCUUACGUCGACUUUGUGAUCCACAUGCGACGUCUCGGGCACGCGCGUAACGAAAUGGCUAAGAUCUUCUGGAGCGAAAUGAAUGUCGACGAGGCGGAGACAAACUGGAAGCAAGCGCUCAGCGUCUUCACAACCGUCGGGGAUGAGGACAAUCAAGCGGUUGUUGCCAUCAACCUCGGCCGGCUGAUGAGGGGGAGGUAUGAACUGGCGUUCAAAGCGCUCAAGACGAGGCAGACGAAUCCGAUGGGGGAGAUAGCGGAGACUCUGGACGAGAUGGCCUCCCUCCUCGAGAAGGACAUCCUACGUGAAGAUCCUUCGGGGAACGCGGCGGCUCAGUGGUGGAGCGAUCAAGGGGCGAGAGAAGACGCCCAGCUGAUAGUCGACCUGAGGGCCAGGGCCCUGGACUUCCUGCAGCAGCAGCAGGCUCCAGCUCUGAGGGUGGCCCGGUCACAUCUCUCCCUCGGCUCUUUCUACUUGAAGACGCUCGACCUGGGCCAAGGAGAGCUGGGAAGCAGCCCGGCAUCCAGGGUGCACAAGUCACGGUUUGAAGCAGCUGAGAACCAGCUCAGAAAGUGCAUGCACAUCUGUGGCAGCGAGGCGGAGGGAGGAGAAGCCUUGUUCCUCCUUGCUGUCUCCUCGCUUUCCAAACUUGUUCGCAGGAGGUUCUCCAACCCCAGGAGCCUGCAGGCGAUGAAGGAAUCUUUAGACGCCCUUGCCAUCGCUCGGAGACUUCCUUCAGGCAGUCAGCAGCUGACCAACGACAUCAAGUCGGCGAGAGAGAACGUCCUCGACGACCUUCGAAGUCUGCUGCGAGAUUUGUCGACGACGGCACCGGCACGAGGUGGAGCCAGCAGUCAUCGCAACAAGGAUGCGUUCAAGGACCUGUACAGAAAAGCCCUCAAGCUUCAGGUCGCUGGUUGGACGGAUGUCCUCGCAGCGGUCGCAGAGGCGUCAAGCUUGUUGUCGGAAGUAAAGUAGAUAUGAUAACUUAACCUUUCUUGUACGUCCAAGUAG